AUGCGGCGAUUUGAGAGAAUAUAUGACGUUGUCGAGCCGGUGGAGGAGUACCGCCAUGGAUGCUAUCACCCAGCACACCUCUACGAUGUAUUCAACGAUCGGUACAAGGUUAGAGCGAAGCUGGCAUUUGGCCAAUUUUCGACAGUAUGGCUUGCAUAUGAUCAAUUACGUCAACAGCAAGUCGUGUUGAAGAUUCUCAAAGCAGAUGCUUCCAAGGACAACAAAGAGCUAAGCAUACUUCUUCAGCUGUCAGGUUCAGCUCUGGAACAUCCAGGAAAGAAUCACCUCAUGAAUUUACUGGACCACUUUGAGCAUCACAGUCCAAAUGGAACACACCUGUGCCUAGUACUCCUAGUGAUGAUAUCUGACGGCGAAGCGGUGACUAUCACUGGAAGACCACACUAUGCAGCCGACAUCCAAGAGGUCUCUAGGCAGAUCUUGCUGGGUCUUGACUUUCUUCAUACAUCAGAUAUCAUUCAUUGCGAGCCGCCUGGCUAG